AUGGAGGGGCUGGAGGUGGAGGAUAUUAGCCCUGCCCUGGAGGCCACUGAGGACUUCCUACACUGCCUGGAUGGAGGUGGAGUCCAGGGAGGGGAGGGGGUAUGGCAGCCCAGGCAGCACCACCCCAAGCUGCAGGAGAUGUCUGUAGCCCUGGGGAAGCUGAGCUCUAGCGGGGUGUGGGGCCUGCUGGCCGGGGAACAGGGGACUGAGGUGUCCCCGCGUAACGUGGCCUGGGCUGACCAACCCUCGGCCUUCAGCGUGCUGGGUCUGAGGCAGGGGAAAAGGAGCCGUGCUCGUUCCACUAACGACCUGGCUGCCCACACCAAGGACACCAACAACACCUCCUCUAACUCCUCCAACGCCGCCUUUAAGAAAGGCCAUAACCGCUCGCGGUCUGAUGUUAACUACCGGCCGUCCUACAUGGACAACGCUAACGGCCUGCCUGCUGUGGACAAGAACACACUGAAGAACAUGGCUCUCAACGACCAGAGAGAAGAAGGUAAGGCAGGAAGGAAGAGUGUGUCCUUCUUUGGUUAGCUGAUAAGGACAUACUGCCUAUUUAUUAUUGGUUGAUACUCAAAUCAAUAUCAGUGUCUAUGAGCUUCAAACAAAUCUUUAAAAUGUUUGCUAAAUAGGCUAUCAUGACAUGUACUUAGUAGAGCUAGGACGAUAAACCGAAAAUUAUUGACACUGACCAUACCAAUUAAAUUAUGGACGCCGACCAUACCGAUCAAAUUAUGGACGCUGACCAUACCGAUCAAAUUAUGGACGCCGACCAUACCGAUCAAAUUAUGGACGCCGACCAUACCGAUCAAAUUAUCGUAGGGAUUUUGCUGAUAUUGUUCGUUAUGGAAAGUUUGAAAUGAAAUAAGUUUACUAAUAUGGGUGAUCGUUAAUGGGACAAUUGAUGGCUAUAACCAUCAAACUAGCAGUAGUAGUUUAAAGGAUAAUAAAAAAUAAAACUGUGGUGCACAUGCUUGUUAUAAACGUAUCUUUCUAUUUAUCAUUAUCACAUUAAUUCAAGCAAUAUAUUGCCCAGUUUAAGUACUUAGAGGAAAUGUGUCUUGAUAGCCUAUGUCAGAGAAUAGAUUCAGUUUAGGACUAGCUUCCACUUCCACGUUAUGAAGAUGAUUUCAGCAUCCUACAGAAAACAAUUGGGCCUAAGCUGUACUGCAGCAGCCAGCAUAGGAUUCUUCUGGAACUGAGCUUCCACAGCAGUGGCCUGUCAGGAUGUGGUGAAUAAUACCAACCUCCCUGACCCAUUGUUUAGUCUGCUUGUUUUUGUUUGUUUAGGGAUGUGAGUGUGAAGAUCUUCACCAAAGACCAUAAUAGGAUGUAAUAGGAUGCAUUCUGUCACCAAACAGACCCAAAUGAGGAGAAAGAGAGAGGCCCAAUUAUCCCUCAAAUUAGGAAGGAUUAGCAUAGGACUGAAAAGGCCUUAGUUGGCUCUAGGCAGGGAGGAGGGAUGGACGGAUGGAUAGUUAGGCUUCACAAGAGGAUGGUAAAAGCUGAGGGCUGCAUUCAACAGCACUUAGCAUCAGAAGAUAUACUGCUGUUUGCCAGUCAUUAUAGUUGGCAAUGCUUUUAUACACUCUAGCCUAAUUGUAUCCUCUCAUGCCCUGUAACAUAUUUCCAUGACAUUUGAUGACGUGUGUACUGUGUAGGUAGGCCUAGGCUAGGGCCUAUCUCUUCUUAGGAAAAAACUCAGCAUAUCCGUUUAAUUGCUAAGAGAGAAAACCAUGACAUCCCCUAACUCUCCACUACCUUGAAUAACAUGGGGGUCCUCUGCAGUUAAUGUUUUCACAUCGGAUGCAAUAGGGGAAGGAGGCUUUGGAGCCGCUGGCAUGCAAGAAUGCGCUCACCCUGUACCACCGCCACCGGUAACGGUUCCCUAUAACGAGCCCAGCCCACACACUGCUGCUGUGUCCUGGUGGGGUGACAUUUACUGAUUUCCUCAGCAGCAGCAACACACACACACACACACUAAUGCUGAUGGAUCUGUUGAUUUCAGCAUGCGCCAGCGCGAGAGAGUGGGCGUCACUGAGCCAUCUACCUUCAGCUGUCAGUGUUAUAGUGCUGUAGGGGUUUUACUUAAUUUACCACUCUACUCGUUAAUUUUUUUAUUGUCGUCUUAAGACAUUCGACCAGACAUGUACCUCAGGGAUUUGAAUGUAUAGCCUAGCUUUAUUACCUGUUAAUUGGUCUUUCCAUUGGUUCAUUCAUCUAAUGAAUCUCUGUUCUUUUGGCUUUUGAUUUAAUUAGGGACACCACAGAAUUAAGUAGAACACUUAAUAUAUGUAUCUCUAUGUUAGGAAUGUUGUCUUUACUGGGAAAAAAAUAGUUAUUCCUGUCCUCUUUGGGUCUGUCUGUCAUGGUGUCCAGGAAUCACCAACUACUACUUCUUUAAAGGCCAAAGUUAUAAAAUGGCAGUUGUUGUUAUGAUUGGCUGUCCCAGUCCUUGUUCUGUCUGGGUGUGGCAGUCAGUCAUUACAGUAAGAGUGACUGCUCUAGCAAUUCUAUCUGCCCUUUAUGUCUUUGGCAGGUUUAGCUAAGUGAGCUAACCUAACCAGUACUCCCUAUUCCCGGUACAAACCUCCCCCCAAAUUACACCCUGGCCCCUGCUACAGUGUUUAUCAUCACGUCCCCGUGUAAGCCUUAAGGUAGCUGCUUCCCAGCCGAAACAGUUCGGAAGAGUUCGUGCAUAUGUUAUAAUGACACUGUGUGACGUUUUUGUUCGUUUUGGACUUCAGUGAGGGUUGUUCGGGCACACAACGUUUUCUAGAGGCAAGCUGAAUUUCGGAGCUGAACUCUACUCCCCUUCGUUGGUGAUUGGUCAACAGUAGGGAUUCGUCAAUAAAGUCUUUGUUGUCAUUCAACAAGAGACGACUCGUUUUCAUGCACAUUUUUUCAUUGAAAAAUACUACACCAAACAUCUUACUUAGAUGUAGAAUUACGUGACAAAAUCUCCUCUGCAAAAAUGUCAAAAUUAAUGACAGAUUCCUUGAGUAAUUUUAGAUUAAUUCUGACUAUUUUGAUGAAGCGUAUACUGGCUACGGCAUCUCAAAAUAGACAAACGGUACUAUUAGCAAUUUUAUUUUCUCAUUUUUCAAGCGAACAUAUUUUAAGGGAGUAUGCGAGCACACUCGUUCGGUUCAGCUAGCCGAGUUCAGCUAGGCGCCAGCUGAACUGAAGUGGGAUAUCCUAGUUCAGCGUUUUGACAGCAGGGUUGAGGCAAUUGGGCCCGAGGCUGUGUGGCGUAACAUUAGCUUGUUUAGGUCUCACAGCGUUAACUCCGUUCCAUCUCAUAUUGCUCAAAUAGACAGCAAACCUGGUUUCAAAAAACAGAUAAAGCAACACCUCACGGCACAACUCCUCUCCCCUAUUUGACCUAGAUAGUUUGUGUGUAUGUAUUCAUAUGUAGGCUACGUGUGCCUUUAAAAAUGUUUUAUGUAGUUCUGUCCUUGAGCUGUUCUUGUCUAUUAAUGUUCUGUAUUAUGUCAUGUUUUGUGUGGACCUCAGGAAGAGUAGCUUUUGCAACAGCUAAUGGGAAUCCUAAUAAAAUACCAAAACACACGGCUCUAACUGCCAUUUCCUGCAAUCUAGAGCAAAAAAUUGCCUUAUAUGAAAGCAAAGAAAGAAAAGGAAAAUAAAUGAUUUGGGGAGAACCCUGGGACACACCACCACCGUUCUUUACCUCAGUUAUUUAAAAAGCAGGAAGGAAUGGGAACUAGAGGGGGGUAAAGGGACCAUUGUCCAUUUUAACCACAUUUAGCCUAGUUUUUAUGAGCAUUUUCUAAAAUUAUUAGGCUAGUUCAUUUAGUGAAGCUAUUAAGCUAUCAAUAGGGGACAAAGCACAGCUACAAGGCACCAUUGUAAGUUGAGUAUAAUAUGAAGUGACGGCUCAGACACCAACAAUGAGUUCAUAAGAUGUCCUCUCCUCACCUGCCUCUGGGCCAGACCAUUCACGUCACGUUAAUGUUAAGUCCCUGUGACGUUUCAGCAACGCUAUCGCAUCAGGUGGCCAGGACAGGCCAGGACAGCCAGUUAAAUUCAGUGGAGUUGUAGGACUUUGUAGGGCUAGACCGCUGCUGGUUGACCAAGCCCAGCAAAGCAGAGCAAAGCGCAGACUGCUAAUUGAGUCAUGUCCGUGUGCCUUGCUUCCUCUGUAGCGUGAAAUGAACAGUGACCUGCUCCACACCCACAUGCUCACAGGAGCCUUUGAAGCCCAGGGGGACAGGCGAGCCCCCUAGCACCCCCCACCCUCGUCUGAGUGGCUCCCGAAAGCCAAAGCACAGCGGUCUGGUUGUCUGCCCCGGGCUUUGCUCUUGGCAUCUGCUCCUCUCACAGUAACAGUGGUUAGUAACAGUAGUAACAGUAGUAACAGUGGUUAGUAACAGUGGUUAGUAACAGUGGUUAGUAACAGUGGUUAGUAACAGUGGUUAGUAACAGUGGUUAGUAACAGUGGUUAGUAACAGUAGUAACAGUGGUUAGUAACAGUAGUAACAGUGGUUAGUAACAGUGGUUAGUAACAGUGGUUAGUAACAGUGGUUAGUAACAGUGGUUAGUAACAGUAGUAACAGUGGUUAGUAACAGUGGUUAGUAACAGUGGUUAGUAACAGUGGUUAGUAACAGUAGUAACAGUGGUUAGUAACAGUAGUAACAGUGGUUAGUAACAGUGGUUAGUAACGGUAGUAACAGUGGUUAGUAACAGUAGUAACAGUGGUUAAUAACAGUGGUUAGUAACAGUAGUAACAGUGGUUAGUAACAGUGGUUAGUAACAGUGGUUAGUAACAGUAGUAACAGUGGUUAGUAACAGUAGUAACAGUGGUUAGUAACAGGAGUAACAGUGGUUAGUAACAGUGGUUAGUAACAGGAGUAACAGUGGUUAGUAACAGUAGUAACAGUGGUUAGUAACAGUAGUAACAGUGAUUAAUAACAGUGGUUAGUAACAGUAGUAACAGUGGUUAAUAACAGUGGUUAGUAACAGUAGUAACAGUGGUUAGUAACACAGUAGUUACACAGUGGUUAGUACAGUAGUAACAGUGAUUAAAACAGGGUUAGUAACAGUAGUAACAGUGGUUAAUAACAUGGUUAGUAACAGUAGUAACCAGUGUUUAGUCCAGUGGUUAGUACAGUGGUUAGUAACAGUGGUUGUUGUAACAGUAGUAAUCAGUGGUUAGUAACAGUAAGUAACAGUGGUUAGUACAGUAUACAGUGGUUAGUACAGGAUAACAGUGGUUGUAACAGUGUUAGAAGUGGUUAGUACCAUUGGUUGUACAGUGGUUAGUAACAUGGUUAGUACCAGUGGUUAGUAACAGGGUAACAGUGGUUAGUAACAGGACGUACAGUGGUUGUAAAGAUAACAGUGGUUAGUUAACAGGGUACCAUGGUUUAUUAAAUAGUACAGUGGUUAGUAACAGUGGUUAGUAACAGUGGUUAGUAACAGUAGUAACAGUGGUUAGUAACAGUAGUAACAGUGGUUAGUAACAGUAGUAACAAUAAAGGCCGCUACACACUUCAUGCAAACAGAGCGACGGAGCGUCGUAUACGGUCCAUUCCAAAAUUUUAGCCACACAAAAGUACGUAGAACUACGUGCGAAAACGACAUUCAGACGCUGCGUUUGCGUAGUUUACGUGAAGUGUGUAGCGGCCUUAACAGUAAAGGCUAGUACAGGGAUGCACUGAAAUGAACUGUAGUUGUCCUACUUUUUUUUUUCUUAAUCCCUGCCAAUUGAUUAUCAGUUAUCAUUGAUUGGUCAAGGACUACACACACCUGUUAAUAAUAAUAAUAUGCCAUUUAGCAGACGCUUUUAUCCAAAGCGACUUACAGUCAUGUGUGCAUACAUUUUUACGUAUGGUUAUGUCCCGGGGAUCUAAUCUACCAAUUGAGCUACAGAGUGUAACUAGGUUUCUGAUAAGGAUAAGGACGAAAACAAGUAUACGUAACCCUAACCCAAGAGUUGUGUUCCCCUGAUAUGAUAUUCUAGGCCUAGAGUUGUGUUACCCUGAUAUGAUAUUCUAGGGCUAGAGUUGCGUUCCCCCUGAUAUGAUAGUUUAGGCCUUGAGUUGUUCCCCUGAUAUGAUAUUCUAGGCCUAUAGUGAGCUGGAGAGUUACAGAUAAGGAAAACGUCUCCUAUGUGUCUCAUGGGGCGGGUAUUUCCAGUUCAGCGUCAUCAUGCCGUUUGGCUUUAGCAAUGCUCCGGGGACGCUGGUAGGUAGAUGGAAUCUCACCCCAGUCCGUCUGCACCCUACGUGCAGCAAACAGCACAAGUCAAAACCCAUAUCCACUGAGCAGGAAGCUGAGAGAUGAUAUUCAAAAAGGAGGAAUGUAAAAGAAAAGAGAUAAAGAAAGGAGUGUGUGAAAGAAACGGAUGGAGGGAGGGAGGAAGGGCAGAGAGAGGGUGUUUAUGACCUCCGAGGAAGCACUUUUACAGCUAGCCCUGCUGACCUGGACAUUCAGACCUGGACAUUCAGACCUGGACAUGAUCUGGUAAAGAGCAUGUCAAAAGUGCUAUCAGUCCUGAGUGGUGCAACGGUCUAUGGCACUGCAUCGCAGUGCUUGAGGCGUCACUACAGACCCGGGUUCGAUCCCAGGCUGUGUCACAACCGGCACAGACCGGGAGUCUCAUAGGGCGGCGCACAAUUGGCCCAGUGUCGUCUGGGUAAGGGGAGGGUUUGGCGGGGGGGCUUUACUUGGCUCAUCGUGCUCUAGCGACUCCUUGUGGCUUGCCUGGCGCCUGCAGGCUGACUUCGGUAGUCAGUUGAACAGUGUUUCCUCCGACACAUUGUUGCAGCUGGAUUCCGGGUUAAACGGGCGGGUGUUAAGGAGCGCGGUUUGGCGGGUCAUGUUUCGGAGGACGCAUGACUCGACAUUCGCCUCUCCCGAGCCCGUUGGGGAGUUGCAGCGAAGAGACAAGAUCGUAAUUGAAAUUGGGAGAAGGGGGGGAAUACUACAACAACAAUAUAUAUAUAUAUAUAUACAGUACCAGUCAAAUGUUUGUACACACCUACUCAUUCAAGAGUUUUUCUUUAUUCUUAACUAUUUUCUACAUUGUAGAAUAAUAGUGAAGACAUCAAAACUAUGAAAUAACACAUACAGUGAGGGGAAAAAAGUAUUUGAUCCCCUGCUGAUUUUGUACGUUUGCCCACUGACAAAGACAUGAUCAGUCUAUAAUUUUAAUGUAAGGUUUAUUUGAACAGUGAGAGACAGAAUAACAACAAAAAAUUCCAGAAAAACGCAUGUCAAAAAUGUUAUAAAUUGAUUUGCAUUUUAAUGAGGGAAAUAAGUAUUUGACCCCUCUGCAAAACAUGACUUAGUACUUGGUGGCAAAACCCUUGUUGGCAAUUACAUUUACAUCAUUUAGCAGACGCUCUUAUCACAGAGGUCAGGCGUUUCUUGUAGUUGGCCACCAGGUUUGCACACAUCUCAGGAGGGAUUUUGUCCCACUCCUCUUUGCAGAUCUUCUCCAAGUCAUUAAGGUUUCGAGCCUGACGUUUGGCAACUCGAACCUUCAGCUCCCUCCACAGAUUUUCUAUGGGAUUAAGGUCUGGAGACUGGCUAGGCCACUCCAGGACCUUAAUGUGCUUCUUCUUGAGCCACUCCUUUGUUGCCUUGGCCGUGUGUUUUGGGUCAUUGUCAUGCUGGAAUACCCAUCCACGACCCAUUUUCAAUGCCCUGGCUGAGGGAAGGAGGUUCUCACCCAAGAUUUGACAGUACAUGGCCCCGUCCAUCGUCCCAUUGAUGCGGUGAAGUUGUCCUGUCCCCUUAGCAGAAAAACACCCCCAAAGCAUAAUGUUUCCACUUCCAUGUUUUACAGUGGGCAUGGUGUUCUUGGGGUCAUAGGCAGCAUUCCUCCUCCUCCAAACACGUUUCGUUUGUUGUUUUGUUGUGUGUUUAGUCGUCAAUAAACAUGAAUGCAUAUCACGCUGCGCCUUGGUCCGUCUCGUCCGUAAACGAUCGUGACAGAAGAUCCCACCAAUCCUGGAUCAAGCAGCGUGACGAGGAGAGAGGAUGGACUUGGGAGGAGAUGAGCGAGAGUCUGGCAAGAGGGAUGGAGGCCAUGAUCACGGGGGAGAGACAAGCCCAAAACAUUUUUAGGGGGGGGGGCUCACGCCGUGGACGACGAGGCAGCAGGAGGCCGCGAUAGAGCGGUUCAGCCGUUUAGCACAGGAAGCCGCCAGAUUAAGGGGGUCAUUGGUUCAGAGGGAACAGAAGGAAAGUGUAGAGGCACGGCGAGAGGAGCUGGUUAGGCAGCAGAAGGAGCGGGGGUUAAUGAAGGAACCCAGUCCCGCUCCUCACACCAAUCAAGUGGUGCGUGUCGCCAGUCCGGUCCGGCCCGUUCCUGAUUCCCGCACUAAGCCAGUGGUGGGUGUUCCCAGUAAGGUUCGGCCCGUUCCUGCUCCUCGCAUCAAGCCAGUGGUGCGCGUCGCCAGCCCGGCCCGGCCUGUUCCUGCUCCCCGCACCAGGCCAGUGGUGCGUGUCGCCAGUCCGGUACGGCCCGUUCCUGCUCCCCGCACCAAGCCAGUGGUGUGCGUCGUCAGCCCAGUCCGGCCCGUUCCUGCUCCCCGCAUCAAGCCAGUGGUGCGCGUCAUCAGCCAAGUCCGGCCCGUUCCUGCUCCCCGCACCAAGCCAGUGGUGCGCGUCGUCAGCCCAGUCCGGCCCGUUCCUGCUCCCCGCAUCAAGCCAGUGGUGCGCGUCGUCAGCCCAGUCCGGCCCGUUCCUGCUCCCCGCACCAAGCCAGUGGUGCGUGUGUCCAGUCCGGCACGGCCCGUGCCUGUUCCACCGGUGCCUGGUCCAGCUCCGGUCAGCGGCUCCACUCCGGAGCCAGAGCAAUCCGCUCCACCGGGGUCUAGUCCAGCUCCGGCCAGCGGCUCCACUCCGGAACCGGAUCCGCCUCCGAGGCGGAAUGCCCACCCGGCCCCUACCCUGUUAGGUUUAUGUGGCGCGGUCGGAGUCCGCACCUUUGGGGGGGGGGGGGGGGGAUGGAGGCCAUGAUCACGGGGGAGAGACAAGCCCAAAACAUUUUUAGGGGGGGGGCUCACGCCGUGGACGACGAGGCAGCAGGAGGCCGCGAUAGAGCGGUUCAGCCGUUUAGCACAGGAAGCCGCCAGAUUAAGGGGGUCAUUGGUUCAGAGGGAACAGAAGGAAAGUGUAGAGGCACGGCGAGAGGAGCUGGUUAGGCAGCAGAAGGAGCGGGGGUUAAUGAAGGAACCCAGUCCCGCUCCUCACACCAAUCAAGUGGUGCGUGUCGCCAGUCCGGUCCGGCCCGUUCCUGAUUCCCGCACUAAGCCAGUGGUGGGUGUUCCCAGUAUGGUUCGGCCCGUUCCUGCUCCUCGCAUCAAGCCAGUGGUGCGCGUCGCCAGCCCGGCCCGGCCUGUUCCUGCUCCCCGCACCAGGCCAGUGGUGCGUGUCGCCAGUCCGGUACGGCCCGUUCCUGCUCCCCGCAUCAAGCCAGUGGUGCGCGUCAUCAGCCAAGUCCGGCCCGUUCCUGCUCCCCGCACCAAGCCAGUGGUGUGCGUCGUCAGCCCAGUCCGGCCCGUUCCUGCUCCCCGCAUCAAGCCAGUGGUGCGCGUCAUCAGCCAAGUCCGGCCCGUUCCUGCUCCCCGCACCAAGCCAGUGGUGCGCGUCGUCAGCCCAGUCCGGCCCGUUCCUGCUCCCCGCAUCAAGCCAGUGGUGCGCGUCGUCAGCCCAGUCCGGCCCGUUCCUGCUCCCCGCACCAAGCCAGUGGUGCGUGUGUCCAGUCCGGCACGGCCCGUGCCUGUUCCACCGGUGCCUGGUCCAGCUCCGGUCAGCGGCUCCACUCCGGAGCCAGAGCAAUCCGCUCCACCGGGGUCUAGUCCAGCUCCGGCCAGCGGCUCCACUCCGGAACCGGAUCCGCCGGGGGGGGGGGGUACUGUCACGCCCUGACUCUAGGGACUCGUAUUGGUUGAGUCAGGGUGUGUAUUUUCUGUGUUGGGUUUGUCUAUGUUAGUUUCUAGAUCGUUUAGAUCCAUGUUGGCCAGGGUGGUUCCCAAUCAGAGGCAGCUGUAGCUCGUUGUCUAUGAUUGGGGACCAUACUUAGGUAGCCUGUUGGCACUAGUGGGGUGUGAGAUCUUGUUCCGUGUGAGGUAUGUUAUUUGUCUACCUUGGACGUCACGUUUCGUUUGUUGUUUUGUCGUGUGUUUAGUCGUCAAUAAACAUGAAUGCAUAUCACGCUGCGCCUUGGUCCGUCUCGUCUGUAAACGAUCGUGACACGGUGGGGAUGGUGUUCUUGGGGUCAUAGGCAGAAUUCCUCCUCCUCCAAACACGGUGAGUUGAGUUGAUGCCAAAGAGCUCAAUUUUGGUCUCAUCUGACCACAACACUUUCACCCAGUUCUCCUCUGAAUCAUUCAGAUGUUCAUUGGCAAACUUCAGACGGGCCUGUAUAUGUGCUUUCUUGAGCAGGGGGACCUUGCGGGCGCUGCAGGAUUUCAGUCCUUCACGGCAUGGUGUGUUACCAAUUGUUUUCUUGGUGACUAUGUUCCCAGCUGCCUUGAGAUCAUUGACAAUAUCCUCCCAUGUAGUUCUGGGCUGAUUCCUCACCGUUCUCAUGAUCAUUGCAACUCCACGAGGUGAGAUCUUGCAUGGAGCCCCAGGCUGAGGGAGAUUGACAGUUAUUUUGUGUUUCUUCCAUUUGCGAAUAAUCGCACCAACUGUUGUCACCUUCUCACCAAGCUGCUGGCGAUGGUCUUGUAGCCCAUUCCAGCCUUGUGUAGGUCUACAAUCUUGUCCCUGACAUCCUUGGAGAGCUCUUUGGUCUUGGCCAUGGUGGAGAGUUUGGAAUCAGAUUGAUUGAUUGCUUCUGUGGACAGGUGUCUUUUAUACAGGUAACAAACUGAGAUUAGGAGCACUCCCUUUAAGAGUGUGCUCCUAAUCUCAGCUCGUUACCUGUAUAAAAGACACCUGGGAGCCAGAAAUCUUUCUGAUUGAGAGGGGGUCAAAUACUUAUUUCCCUAAUUAAAAUGCAAAUCAAUUUAUAACAUUUUUGACAUGCAUUUUUCUGGAUUUUUUUGUUGUUUUUCUGUCUCUCACUGUUCAAAUAAACAUACCAUUAAAAUUAUAGACAGAUAAUUUCUUUGUCAGUGGGCAAACGUACAAAAUCAGCAGGGGAUCAAAUACUUUUUUCCCUCACUGUAUGGAAUCAUGUAGUAACCAAAAAAGUGUUAAACAAAUCAAAAUAUAUUUUAUAUUUGAGAUUAUUCAAAGUAGCCACCCUUUGCCUUGAUGACAGCUUUGCACACUCUUGUCAUUCUCUCAACCAGCUUCACCUGGAAUACUUUUCCAACAGUCUUGAAGGAGUUCCCACAUAUGCUGAGCACUUGUUGGCUGCUUUUCCUUCACUUGGUUGGGGUCGGGUGAUUGUGGAGGCUAGGUCAUCUGAUGCAGCACUCCAUCACUCUCCUUCUUGGUCCCUACACCCAAACGAGGGCAUUGCGUUCAUCCACCUCUGGCCUGCUGGCCCCCCUACCUCUGCGGAAGCACAGUUCCCGCUCAGCCCAGUCAAAACUGUUCGCUGCUCUGGCACCCCAAUGGUGGAACAAGCUCCCUCACGACGGCAGGACAGCGGAGUCACUCACCACCUUCCGGGGACACUUGAAACCCCACCUCUUUAAGGAAUACCUGGGAUAGGAUAAAGUAAUCCUUCUACCCCCCCCUUACCCCACCCCCACAAAAAAAAAAAAUUGGCCCAGCGUCUUCCACGGUAGGGGAGGGAAUGGCCGGCAGGGAUGUAGCUCAGUUGGUAGAGCAUGGUGUUUGCAACGCCAGGGUUGUGGGUUCGAUUCCCACGGGGGGCCAGUAUAAAAUAAAAAAUAAUGUAUGCACUAACUGUAAGUCGCUCUGGAUAAGAGCGUCUGCUAAGUGACUAAAAUGUAAUGGCGUAUCGCUGCAGAAUACUGUUGUAGCCAUGCUGGUUAAGUAUGCCUUGAAUUCUAAAUAAAUCACUGACAGUGUCACCAGCAAAGCACCAUCACACCUCCUCCUCCAUGCUUCACGAUGUGAACCACACAUGCGGAGAUCAUCCGUUCACCUACUCUGCUUCUCACAAAGACACGGCAGUUGGAACCAAAAAUCUCACAUUUGGACUCAUCAGACCAAAGGACAUAUUUCCACCGGUCUAAUGUCCUUUGCUCGUGUUUCUUGGCCCAAGCAAGUCUCUUCUUAUUAUUGGUGUCCUUUAGUAGUGGUAUCUUUGCAGCAAUUCAACCAUGACGGCCUGAUUCACCCAGUCUCCUCUGAACAGUUGAUGUUGAGAUGUGUCUAUUACUUAAACUCAUUUAUUUGGGCUGCAAUCUGAGGUGCAGUUAAUUGCCGAUUUCUGAGGCUGGUAACUCUAAUGAACUUAUCCUCUGCAGCAGAGGUAACUCUGGGUCUUCCUUUCCUGUGGCGGUCCUCAUGAGAGCCAGUUUCAUCAUAGCGCUUGAUGGUUUUUGCGACUGCACUUUGCUUAUUUGAGCUGUUCUUGCCAUAAUAUGGACUUAGCCCUAUUUGGUAAAAGACCAUCUUCUGUAUACCAACCCUACCUUGUCACAACACAACUGAUUGGCUCAAACGCAUUAACUUUUAACAAGGCACACCUGUUAAUUGAAAUGCAUUCCAGGUGACUACCUCAUGAAGCUGGUUGAGAGAAUGCAAAGAGUGUGCAAAACUGUCAUCAAGGCAAAGGGUGGCUACUUUGAAGAAUCUCAAAUAUAAAAUAUAUUUUGAUUUGUUUAAACUUUUUUGGUUACUACAUGAUUCCAUAUGUGUUAUUUCAUAAUUUUUAUGUCUUCACUAUUAUUCUACAAUGUAUAAAAUAGUACAAAUAAAGAAGAACCCUUGAAUGAGUAGGUGUGUCCAAACUUUUGACUGGUACUAUAUAUAUAUAUAUACAGAAGUGCUAUCAGAUUGGUGGCCCUCAAAUGUUGUGAGUUGCCAUAUGGACAGCAGCAAAUGAUCCUGUCGCUGAAUAUGCUGUGUUUGUUACAGCCCAUAAGGAGAGCAGCAGCGGCAGUGUGGUGAAACAGGGUUCCCUGGAGCAUCGUGAGGGUCAGAAGGGUCGAUGGAGCGUCUGUCACGUAGAGCUGACCCCUUGUGAGCUGCGUCUCUAUAGCCUGGACAGCAGCGGUAACCGGCAGCUCUGCACUGCCUACUCCCUGUCCCACUGCCAGGGGGUCAGCCAGCCCCAGCCGCCCCAGGACGGGCGAGUCCUCCAGGCCCUCUUCUUCAACAGGUAAAGGGAGAAAACCAUGGUGCUCAAAACCAUGGUGUCUUCUGACCUCAACAGGUCUUCCUGGAUAAAUCUAAGUAAAUGUUUAUGUCAAUCACAUAAACAUGAAAAAAUGGCCUGCACUCACUUGAAUAUGAGUUGCAAUUGAAGCUUUGUUGCAAUAUUCUUUCUCUCAUAGCAACAUGUGUUAAAAGAUCACUCACUGACCUCUUCUUCAACAGCUCCACCCGCCUGCAGUUACGUGCCGCCUGCCAGUGGGAGGCGCUAGACUGGAGGAGGCUGAUCUGGGAGAGAGUACUGGCUGCCCGGCCCGCCCACAGAAAUGCAGAGCCGCUUCAAGCCUUAUCCCCGUCGUCAUCCGUCUCAUCUGGAGGUCUCGACACCAGACCAGACCCCUGUGGUCCUGCUGAGGCUGCCCUGGCCCCUCGAUCAUCCAAUCUCCCCCCAGCCCGGCCCACGGCCCUGCCCCUGUUCACGCAGUGCUGUGCGGAUGUCCUCAAGGCUGGGCUCCUCCACCAGCUGACUGACCAGAACUGGAGGGCCUUCACCUUCGUACUGAGUCGCUCCACGCUGCAGGCCUUUCCCACCGAGGGCCGGGGGCCCGUGUCUGAGCCCGUCCUCCACUACCCGCUGGCCUCCUUCCUGGCCGUGCAGAGGGACGAGGCUGAGGGGGUCAGCGCUGCCCACUUCCAAGCCGUCUUCCCCAGCGAGGUGCUCCGUCUGCGGGCUGAGAGCCAACUCAAGGCCCAGGACUGGGUGGAGGCCCUGCGGACGGCCGUGACGGCCCAGAGGCCCCAGGGGGAGGAGGGACAGAGCUCCGGCCAGGCCCAGCCGGGUGCAGUGUCGAUGGGGACGGGGGUUCUGCUGAGGAGCAAGCCCUCCAGGGAGAGGAGGCAGAGGGACACCCAGAGGGCCAAGAGACAGUCAGUCACCACCAGCUUCCUCAGUAUCCUCACCUGCCUGGCUGUGGAGAAGGGCCUGACUACCCAGAGCUUCCGGUGUGCAGGUAGAGACCUCCACCUGUUACCAGCUACACACACACACACACACACACAGUACUAA